AUGGAGAGAUUCCAUACAAUCAAGUACAUCCAGUAGCAUCGACAAAGUCAAAUUAAAAAAGAGAAUUACUGCAGAUGAGAGAAAAAGGCUGCGCGUGCGGCCGCGUGUUUUAGACACCAAGCCGGAGCGGGGGUGCGCGCGCGCAUCUCAUGCCUCUCAGUGGACUUGGAGAUUUCGGCUGUACGGAAGGGAUUCAGAAUCAGAGCGCCUUUCAAACUUGACGUCACGCAAGAGGCGCGAGCUUAGCUGCGUCCACCGCUCAGCUGAUAGUUUGUUAUCGAACGCCGAGGCAUCAAGAUCCUUGUGCUCGGCUCGUUGUGAGCUACUCUCGACUAGGAGUCCCAAGGUAAUUCAACUGUAUCCAGUAAUCGGGUUUUGAAAAAUCCAGCUGAAAAAUGGCCGAAUCGUUGGAACAAAUGCCGAAAAGCGAGACUCUCAAGCUACGCGAACGCUACAUUGGCGAGUCUUGCACUCUAUUCUACAAGUCGAACCCCCUGAAGAUCGUUCGAGGCAAGGGCCAGUACAUGUACGACGAGAGAGGCGACGAGUACCUCGACUGCAUCAACAAUGUGGCCCAUGUUGGACACUGCCAUCCCGACGUGGUGCGCGCCGGACAGGAACAGAUGGCCGUGUUGUCGACCAACUCGCGCUACCUGCAUGACAAUAUCGUCAUCUGCGCGCGACGCCUCACAUCGACCCUGCCGGAAAAGCUGUCCGUCUGCUUCCUGGUCAACUCGGGCAGCGAGGCCAACGACUUGGCUCUCAGGCUCGCUCAGACCUACACUGGUAACAAGGAUACCGUGUGCAUCGACCAUGCUUAUCACGGCCAUUUGACCUCGAUCAUUGACAUAUCACCCUACAAGUUCACACAUUUAAAAAGUGGAAAGAAGGAACACGUACACGUGGCACCCUGCCCCGAUGUUUACCGCGGUAAAUAUCGUGAUGAUAUUUAUCCCAAUGAAGAUCUUGGUGAGAAAUAUGCCGACGAUGUCAAGACCAUCUGCGAAGAUAUCAAAUCUAAAGGUCGGGGCGUUUGCGCCUUCAUCGCGGAGAGCCUCAUCUCCGUUGGUGGACAGAUUUUGCCACCUAAGAAUUACUUCAGCAAUGUUUAUAAGCACAUCCGUGAAGCUGGUGGAGUCUGCAUCGCCGACGAAGUGCAAGUGGGUUUCGGUCGCGUCGGCAGUCACAUGUGGGCUUUUCAGCUGUACGGCGAGGACGUCGUUCCUGAUAUAGUCACCUGCGGCAAACCCAUGGGUAAUGGACAUCCAGUCGCGGCUGUUAUCACAACUCCGGAAAUCGCUCGUGCAUUUGCUAGUACUGGAGUUGAAUACUUCAAUACGUACGGAGGAAAUCCAGUUUCGUGCGCUAUCGCCAAUGCUGUUAUGGAAGUGAUUGAACGAGAAAAUCUUCAAGAACAUGCCCGAAAAGUUGGAGACCAUCUGCUUUCUGAAUUGAAAAAGUUGGCCAAACGUCGACCAAUAAUCGGAGAUGUUCGAGGUGUAGGCUUGUUUAUAGGCAUCGAGUUAGUUUUGGAUCGCAAAUCUCGCCGUCCAGCAACAGCAGAGGCUAAACACGUCGUUUAUCGAAUGAAAGAAGAGAAAAUCAUCGUUAGUUCUGAGGGUCCGGAUUACAAUAUUUUGAAACUCAAGCCUCCAAUGGUUUUUAGUAUCGAUAACGCUAAUCACUUUGUCGCUUGCUUGGAUGAUAUCCUUCAAGAAGUCGAGACUGAAGAGCUACCAAAACCGACUACUACGAUUUUGAAAGCUAUGAUUACACCGGUUAAAAUGGACAUGGAGUCAAUAUCUACAAAAUCCAACUCGACAGUUCUAGUUAAAUCUAGUUAAUGUAAGAAUUUUCUGCAAAAAUUAUCAAUUUUGAUUAACAACCUAUUUUAAUGUAUAAACAAUAUAUUUUAUACUAGUAAUUUAA